AACAGGCUGUACCAAUCAGAAGUGUCGUUACGAUACCGCUACGUCUCGGCAGACAAGCCUCGUCCUACUUCUCAGACAGCUACUCCAUUCCCCAGUACCUCUACGACCACUACGACAACCACCAUUGAGCCACCUCUUCCUCCGGAUGUCUACAUUCCUGGUCAAGGAGGACACAGAUGUGUGGAUCAUCCAGACUGUCCACUUCACGUAGCUAACGGAUUGUGUACUAGCAAUUAUUACACACUUGAGCAGAAAAAGAAUUAUUGCCCCAAGGCAUGCAAUUUAUGCAUCACUUCGACCAAUGUUACCACUCCGAAUCCAUCUCCUGUGAACAUCGAUGCUCCAGACCAAACAAGUAGCAAAUGUGUGGACCAUCCAGACUGUCCAAUACAUAUCGCAAAUGGGUUCUGUACUCGUCCGGAAAUUGCACAUCAACAGAGGAUGCAGUACUGUCCUAAGGGAUGUGGUCACUGCAGAGAUUAG